AUGCGUCACUCUUUCAUUAUCCCGUGCCUUUUCGGCUCCGCUCUCGCUUUGACGUCACCCCCCAGCGGCGCCAUCACCGUCGGCGGGUCUGACGGCAAGUUCAAGACGAUCCAAGAGGCCGUCGACGCCCUGUCCAACACGACCGAGACGCAAAACAUCUUUGUCUGGCCCGGCACCUACGAGGAGCAGGUCUACGUGUCCAAGCACGUCGGCACCAUCAACAUCUUCGGCUACUCGGCCAACGACACCUCGUACCAAGCCAACACCGUGACCCUGACCUCCGGCCUCAGCCAGGCCUUCAACCUCACCAACGACCUCACCGCCACGCUGCGCGCCCACUCGCCCAACUUCAACGUCUACAACCUCAACAUCGAGAACACGUAUGGCGAGGGCAGCCAGGCCGUUGCCGUCUCGGCCAUGGCGACGCACCAGGGCUACUACGCCAGCAAGCUGACCGGCUACCAAGACACGCUGCUGACCCACAUCGGCAAGCACUACUUUGCCAACACCUACAUCGAGGGCGCCACCGACUUCAUCUUCGGCAUGCGCUCCAGCGCGUGGUUCAGCAACUGCUCUCUGCGCGUGCCCACCCCCGUGUCGGGCACCGGCUGGAUCACGGCGAGCGGCCGGACCACGGCGGACGAAGGCUGGUACGUCAUCGACGGCGGCAGCGUCGAGGCUGCGCCGGGCGCCAACGUCACUGCCGGCGCGUACUAUCUGGGGCGGCCGUGGCGCAGCUUUGCGCGGGCCGUGUUCCAGGGAGUGUACUUGAGCGAUGUCGUCAAUCCCGAGGGCUGGGCCAUUUGGUCCACCUCGCAGAACAACACGGAGAACGUCACGUUUGCUGAGUUUGGAAACACGGGUCCGGGCAAGUGGGAUGAUGCUACGAGGGCGAGCUUUGCGCAGGAGUUGGCGAAGAAGGUCGAGAUUGAGGAGGUGCUGGGGGCCGACUACAAGGAGUGGGUUGAUGCGAAGUUUUAG